CCAAGCCGUACUUCGACUCCGCGAACAGGCGCGCUCGUCGCGCCAUGUAGUUUUUCCCCAACAGUUAAAGAACAAGCCUCAAACUGUUUUCAACUCUCACAAAAGUUGUUAAAAAAUACUCCGGUGUCGGAACUGACCCCCCACCCGCACAGAGUUCGGGGGAAUCAAGUUCCGAACCGGGGAGGCUCGAAAAAUUUUCCAUCGGGAUGUCUGGGAUAAUAACCAAGCUAUCCAGCAAGGCCAGCCAGCCCCAGCCGCUACCCCUGGACAACAACCCCAUCCUCCAAUACUUCGAGGUGGGGGCGGAGAGUAGCACCGCUGGGCCUGGUCUAAUUUGGCGAAUCCACGAUGCAUACCGGAAAAGCGAUGGGAAGGAGUGCUCGGUCUUCGUGUUCGACAAGCGCAUCGCGGAAAAGCUUUAUAAGCCGAAGCGCAAGGAGACCAUGUUGGACUGCAUGCGUCUCUGUGUCUCGUCCAUGGAGAAGUGGCGUCAUCCGAAGAUGUUGCAAAUAAUCCACGCUUUGGAAGAAGGCACCACCACCAUCGCCUUCGCUUCGGAGCCGGUCCUUGCAAGUCUCGCGAACAUCUUAGCUUGGCAUGAGUGCAACGUACUGCCCGGACAUGCGCCUCCAGUAAUGCCGCAUCCUAUAACCUUGGGGCCGCCGAGCGCUCAACAGCAGAUCUUGAAUUCUACUCCUCAUCUUCCACCCCACGCCAAAGAGUACUUCUUCCUGGAUAUAGAGCUGCGUUACGGCCUGCUACAGCUCAUCGAGGCGCUCCACUACAUGCACUACAACACCCACAUGAUGCAUCGCAACGUGUGCCCGCAGGUGAUCAUCGUGACGAAGAGAGGCACUUGGAAACUCUUCGGCCUCGAGUUUGCUGAAAACUGCCUCUCGUCGGACCCCACCGAUAUGAUUUGCGUGCCUCCGUGGUCCAUCAAGGUGGCAAAAUUAUCUCAGCCAAAUCUGGACUAUUUAGCCCCUGAGGUGCAGACCAGCGGCCAAUGCAGCAUUCUAUCUGACAUGUUCUCACUGGGCUUGGUUAUCUGCGCAGUCUUCAACAAUGGGAAACCAUUGAUCCAAGCCAAUAACAAUCCUAUGUUGUACAUGAAACAGAUCGAAUUCUUGGAUCAACAAGUAAUCCAGGUGUUGCCUCGCGUACCAUCUGCCUUGCAAGAGGCAGUGCAACGUCUUCUGGCAAGGGAUCCUCACCCUCGCCCAACCACUCAGUUGUUGCCGCUGAUUAAAUACUUUAAAAACAAGGGUGACCAAGAGCAAGCAAUAUCCGCGAUGCAAUUCCUGGAUGUGGUGACCAUGAAAGAUCCGAACCAGAAGGCUCACUUCUAUCGGAACACUCUGAUUGAGGCGUUGCCAACCAUUCCUAAGAAACUGCGUUGGCAACACAUUUGGCCGGCUCUGCAGACGGAGGUCCGCACCGCCGAGGUUCUGGCUUCUGUCCUCCAGUCCGUGAUGUGGAUGGUCAAAGAGUCUGAUGAGGCGGAAUUUGAAAUCUACAUAAUGCCAACUCUAAAGGCUCUGUUCAAUUCGCCGAGAAGCAUUCAAGCAUCGGUCACCAUUCUUGAGAACAUGCACACAAUCAUGCUAAAAUGCAAACAAAAAGAGAUAGACCAAGAGGUAUUGCCACUAUUGUACCACGCUUUGGAAAGCAACACUAUGCAAAUCCAGGCUGCAUCGUUGGUUGCCACGCAAAAUAUUUGCGAUACCAUUGAUAACAAGGCGCUCCACACCGAACUUUUAAACAAAGUGAAGUCGCUCCUGGAGAGGAAUGCUAGCGACGUGAAGAUAAUCAGCUUGGUUCUCUGCUUCUAUGAAAAGAUUAUUGUGAAGUUCGACAAGACCAUCAUCUUGGAGCAGGUGAUUCCGACUCUGCUGGCUAUGCGGCUCAGCGACCCAGAUAUCGUCACGCGUGUCGUUAAACUAUACAAGUCUCUACUCAUGGAAAGGAGAUUUGGGGUACCUACCAAUGUGAUGGCAACGAAAAUGAUACCUUCAUUAGCUCCGCAAACGGUUAAUCCUGCUCUGAAUGUCGACCAGUUUACUAAUCUGAUGGAGAUCCUGUACGACAUGCUGGAGAACAUCGACCGCCAGCAGCGCUACAAGCUGAAAGCCGACAACCUCGCGCUGCCUAGUCCGGAGCGUCGCAAACUUCGUCAUCAGAUGAGCACAGAUAAUAUGAACGCACCACCUUUUAAUAUUCCAAACUUAAGAGUGGAUCAGCGUAAAACCUCUAGUGCUGAGGAUAUGGCCCGUAAAAAUUCUAUGAGUGGCCCCCCUCCCACCGCCGUUCCUAGCACUAGCGGUAGUGUAGGCGGGUUCAAGAGCACAGGUAUUGGCCAGUGGUUCUUCGGAUCCAGCAAUUCUACUAAUACCGACAACAAUUUCCUUCGCGUUUCAAGCGCUUUUCCCAACCGCCGCCUGUCGGAUAACACUCUGAUGACGCCCAAAAUACGCAUCGCGCCAUCUUGCGCCUCGUCCCCGGGUGGUACUCCGGGAGGAACAUCUGGCUUGCCCACACGCCGCCACUCGAGCAUCGGGCCGCAGGAGCGUCGGGGCUCGGCAGUGAACCUUUCUCCGCCAACCGGUGGCUCAAUGCCAAACACAUCGUCGAGCGUACCGUUUCUGCUGACUUCUUCAAUGCAAUCCAUUCGCUCGCGCCGCCCAUCGGCCUGCCUGAGCGGCUCUCAGGGCUCCGGACUGCUGCAACAGAUUAGCAGUGGCAUGGUAAGGCACCUACCGAGCAGCAGUAGACACCACUCGCACGCGUCGACUUCGACCAACUGGAGCCUGCAGGGCGCCACCGCGGCCGGCUACAACGCUCUGCAGCACACCGCCAUGGCAGUGAGGAAAUGCCCCUCACUCAAUAUUACCCUCACGCGUUAAACACCCGCCGCUCGAACCCCGCCACCUGUACAAGCCGGAGGGCGCACGUAGUGUUAGCGGAGCCUCUCGCGCCACCUUCGGCUGCUUCGUGUUUACUUGUACCCGUACGCGGGCCUCGCCGUGUCUCUCACCUUGCGAUCUGCCGACAAGGGCGAUCCCCGUCCGGUCCCUUGAUGUUUAGUAGUUACCAUAUAUUAUAUCGAU